AACAUAUUACUGUGGUAAUUUUAUCAUGUUGUUGUUUCGAUGCUGUGCGUAAGGUCAACGCGGGUCAAAUCCUGUCACAUCAUUGCAGCGCCAAAACAGAAACAGGCAGACUUGCAAACGGUACUGACGUCGAUUUAAGCUGGAGAUCGGGUGAAGGUGUCACAGCUUGAGGGGCGGAGGAGAGUGGCGGACAUGCAGGCUGUUUGAGGGCGACAUUAGGGUACAACAUUGACUGCCAAGAUGAUGUCACCCACCCGCAGAAGAGCGCCAUACUCCUGGGGACAGGCAAGAAUGCCCAUGAAGAUUAAGACCCUGGUGGUGAUCUGGCUGGUCAUCUUCAUCGGCAGCUGGGCCGUCUACUUUAAGUACUCCUCCUACACCGAGCUGUGCCGGGAAGACGCCUGUAGAGCCAUCAUCUGUGACCGUUACCACAAGGGUAUCAUCACUGGCCCCCUGUGUCCAGCCCUGUGUGAUGACCGCACCAUCACUCUGAACCAGUGCCUGUCCAGCCACCCAGCCAACCAGGUGUACCAAGGCUGGCUCCAUGGGGCCAAGCAGAUCAUCAUGAAGUGCAACCUGGCCCCCAUCUUCCACGACGGGAUCGAUCGCGAGAUGCCUUACGAGCGUCCCGAGAAGGGCUCCUCCAUGGACGACUUCCGAGAGAUGCUGCAGGACUUCCUGGAGAGGAACCUCGGGAAGGGGGAACACAACGCUCUGCAAACCCGCAUACUAAAUGCUGCGGACAUCAACAACGACGGGAAAGUGACUCUUGCGGAGGCAAAGUCCAUCUGGGCCCUGCUGCAAGUCAACGAGUUCUUCAUGAUGAUGAUCCUGCAGGACAGCGAGCACACGCCCAAACUGGAGGGCUUCUGUGGGGACACGUACUUCGUACAGCGGGUGGACGCAAACCGCUUGUACGGAAUCCACAUCCCGUGGAUGUUUGAGAUCUUCCUACCCACCAGCUAUCGUCAGGCCAUGGACCAAUGGUUCACCCCCUCGUGGCCCAAAAAGGCCAAGAUCGCCGUCGGACUUCUGGAGUUCGUGGAGGAAAUUUUUGACAGCUCCCACGGCACCUUCCACAUGUGUAAAACCAGCCACACGAACAUUGGCUACACAAAUAAACACGACUUGAAAAUGAUUGAUCUAAGGAACCUUUACCCAGCCGAGGUGCUGAAAGAGACGCUCACGGAGAAAACGUGUUCUAAAAACUCAGACUGUGAGCUGACAGAGGACUGCAGCUCCAUGUGUGACGAGACCGCGUCUCGCUGCACGGGAGAACUCGUUCAGCCGAACCUCUCCAAAAUCUGCAUAGUUUUACAUGACUAUCUUCUGAAGGAGGUCCCAGCGGGCAUCAAGGAUGAGCUGACAGCACUGUUAGACAAGUGCAGCAGACUAACCACAAACACAGAAGAUAUGCAAAUCCACCAUUCCCUCAUCCUCAACAAUCUCAAGUCUUUAUUGUGGAAACAGAUAUCUGACAACCAGGACUCCUAGCACCUGGGGAUGAUAUAGACUUGUAUACAUAAUGUAUGUACAUGUUAGUUAAUGGUAUAACAUCUUGUUUGGUGCACCCAACUAUUGUAGUCAAUUUGGUGUGGAAAUACAAAUGUAAGUACAUGAAUGAUGAAUGGUAUUAAAUCGCAAAAAAAUUCAGAAAGAUACAUAUACAUGUAUCAUUUGUGGAACUUCCAAAGGGUAUCAAUAUAUGUACAUGUAGCAAAAAUUUAUUUAGUAUCUCUGAUAAUCAGAGAAGAGGUUAUUGAUAUUAAGGCAUAAGAUCUGUAGUAAUGAUAUCUUGAGGACGGACAUUGUUGGAUGCACCAUGUUGGAUGUUUAUGAUGUAGAUAAAGUAGAUGUUAAGAAUGUAACUUCCAAGGAGGUGUUGUACCUCUAUAAGACUGAUUCAAUGUUAAGAUGGGAAAGGAGGACAUCUUUGUAGAUUAAGAAUUAGCUUGCCAUCUUGAUCUGAAAGAGUGAAAGUUAUUCCAAUCUUCUUCCAAUACCAGUCCUUUAGAAAGUAUUGGAACUUCCCUAAUGAUGUACAAUGUACAUGUAGGAUGUGAAGUCACUGAGUCUGUUCACCUGUUUUUCUUAGCACAUGCCACAGCAGACAUACACACGUACAGAGAGCAAUACUACAUUUCCACUGUCCUGUCAGAUCAUCGACAGAUGGGUAUCACACUGAUCUUGUCUCCAAAACCAUUCCUGUACACAUGGAUACAAAAUGGGUGACACAUCAUUGCAUUUCCAUCUGAUUUGGCAUUGCCGUCUGGUGAUAGAAAUCCAUCUUUGCUGCAUCUUUAUCUUUCAAAGAUACAUGUAUGCUGCUCUGCUUCCCUGAAACUCUAAUGCAGUGUAAGUAUGUUGCAGCAUAUGUAGCAACUGGAUGAUGGUGAAAAUGUUUUAUUUCCAUUAUUUUUGAAAACAUGAAGUGGUCAGAAUUCUUCCCACUUCAUUCAAUGUUAAAUGGACGGUCAAGUGUGAACAUACUGCCCUGGUCAACAGGCUGACAAAAACUGAAACUGCCUAACAGGCACCAUACUGGACACCUUUAAAUUUGAUACAGAAACAUUCAGCCCACCAAUGUGUUACUUCCCACCAGUAUUUUAGCAUAUGUCAUUUACAAUUGUUAAGGACUGGAGCAUCAACUUCCUGUGUCUCCUGUCUUCUUCAGAAUGACAGUAUUUUAGGUUCCGUGCACACCUUUAUUUUUCUGUACAGCAUAGCAUUAGCUUUUUGUGAAAGUAUGCAGCACCGUAUGAAAAGAUAUCAUGACAUUCAGAGUUAAAUCAGUAGGGGUCUAUGGUAAUGGUAAAGGUAAUGAUUGUUUGUGUAAGAAAGAAGCACAAGUCAACAACUUCACCAAUAAUUAAAAUCCCACCUUAGAGAUUCCCACAUUAUUAGGUAAAUCUAUGGUUACACAGUGAAAUUUUGGUGCACAAAUUACCGUUAAGUACAUGUUUCCUAUGUUACCAUUAGGUAAAAUAUACCUGUAGGCUUAUGGAGCUAUGGAAAAAGAGAUAAAAUAUUAUUUUGCUUACUUUUACAGUAAAGAAACUUGACAAUGUAUUUGAAGCUAUAGCAAGUUUAUCUUUUGAAAUGGAUAGAAAAUGUUGAAGUUUGGCUUUGCUGUAUUUCUCUGGUAAAGGUGGCAGUACUGUGCAUGUGCAUACCAUCCUGUGGCACGCACAGCUAUGUACCUAAUGUCAUUGCAAAGUUACUGCAUGGACAUAAUGUUUUAAAAAACUGUCAUAUGUACAUUUCCUUUUGCCGUUCACCAUAUGAAUUAUUAUCAGAAAGUUUUGUUGCUAUGCUGUUGCUUCAGUCCUCUCCAGAAGUGUAGGGAGCUCUGGUGAGGGCUAAGAUGAAUGCAGAUGGAGCUGAUGCUUAUGUGGAAAAGAAGGAUUCAUUUCUCCUCUAGGAUAGGACAGUUGCUGAUCUGAGAUGACCAAGCUGCAGUAUGUGGUCCUUCCAGUAGGUGGAGCAGUUUAUUUGUCUCCCAUGUUGUGAGAUGAGCAGAAAAGCUUUAUGUGACACAGAGGUGUAACUGUUAUACUAUGAUACACAAUGUAGCACCCACUAUUAUGCUUCCCAUUUUAUGAUAUAGUGGACACUACCCAGUCUCGAGUCAUUUGAAUAGAAGUCUGGCCAACCAUGUGAGAACUUUUAAGCAUUGUUUUCUGAAAUAUGAAGCACAUUUCUGAAUGUUACAUGUUAUGCAGUUGCUUCAGAAUGUGUGUUUGAAAUAAAGGUAGCAAUGUAUUUUCACUUAUAGAGUCUGUUACCAUUCCAAACGUUUGGAUGAAAACUUUUGGAUGAAUAGUUUUGACUAGAGCUGAAUCUUACAGGAAUACAUGCACAGAGCAACUUGUGAAAAGGAAUGAUGAUGAAACGUUUAGACAUUUGACUUACCAUGUCAGGUUAAUUUUGCUUGUAUCAGUGAUUUUGUUAGUAACUCCAGUCCAUGCCUGUUAAUUUCAAGCAUUAGAAAGAGCACAACAUGUACAGUGAACAGUUAUAGGAGCUGCGGUUUUAUUGAACAGUUAAAGAUAUUUAUUCCAGAUCAGCUGAUGAUGCCAUGUUUAUUUCAUGCUAGCCUACUGUAAUUACAAGACAUUGCAAGACAUGAAUUUCUGCAGUUUGCCUAUUAUAUGAGACUUGUUUUAUAAGGAUAAUCAAUUGUCAGAUAACAUAAACGGUAGUAGACACAUUGCGCAGUUUAUGGUUACAUUGAUCAGUUCACUGUUAUCCAUUUUCGAUACAUACAUGGUGUUGUGCAAUUUACAACUGGAGUGGUGACUAUUUAGACAAUUGUUAGAAAGACAAUACUCCAUAACACAAGCCUUACGGUAGCCAAUGAUUAAGUUUUUGCGUUGUAAAAGAUAAAAGAAAUAUAACUUGCACUUCUCAUGCUUUGUUCAAUUUGUUUAUGUUAAGCAGCGGUUGUUUCUUCCAGGGAGAAUAUUAGAGUUAUGAUUAUGGCACACUUUUGUGAAAUUUUGACUUCCAUUCUUUUCUAGUCAAAGUCUGUGCUGUAGUGAUGGUUUCAUCAUAAAGCUGGCUUGGGGUCCACAUGUU